GGAUAAAUAACACUGGAGCCCGUUUAGGUGGACAUUCUAGAUGUUCUAUUUUUUUCUAGAUGGUUAGGCUCAGCUGAUCGUGACGUAUUGCUCAAAGCGUAUCCUAGGAAAGGGCAUACAGUCCGCAUGCGGAGGGGGGAGAGACUCCACCAAAAUAUAAACGUCGUUGAAGUUAUGAAUAGACAACGAAAAAACACGUACAAUUAGCUACUAGCUGCGUGUGGCUGGCGGCAGUGCAGUCAGAUAUUUCAGACUUUAACGAAUAUCGAUUUGCGGCCGGGGUUUAACGGCGAUUCCACGCGCUUCUCCAAAGAGUGUUCCUAUUUAAAGCACGCGUAAGUGUACACGCAUUUGAUAGCUAACUCUUCUUCUUAAAAGGCUCAGAAAGGUGAGGGAAGAAAUGGUGGAUUAUUAUGACAUCUUGGGAGUAUCACGAAAUGCCUCUUCUGAGGACAUCAAAAAGGCUUACAGGAAGCAGGCCCUGCGGUGGCACCCAGACAAGAAUCCAGACAACAAAGAGGAAGCAGAGAGGAAGUUCAAGGAAAUAGCUGAGGCGUAUGAAGUGCUCUCAGACAGAAACAAACGAGAGACUUAUGAUCGGUAUGGCAAAGAGGGCAUUCACAAUGCAGGCUCUGCCGGCUCUUCCAGUCCGGAUGAUUUUCCAGGCUUCACAUUCACAUUCCGCAGCCCAGACGAAGUGUUUCAAGAAUUCUUCGGGGGUGAGGAUCCAUUUGCUAGCUUCUUUGAUGAUUUCCCUUUUGGCGGCAUGCAGGACAGGAGUCAUGGACAUUCAGGCCCAUCACGGUUUGGGCCUAGUCGUUUCUUCUCCUUCCCGUCUGCCGGAGCAGGUUUCACCUCCUUUUCAUCCUCCUUUAGUGGGAUGGACAGCAUGGGGGGCAGCUUCAAGUCAGUCUCUACCUCCACACGUGUUGUCAACGGGAAACGCACCACCACCCGAAAAAUCAGAGAGAAUGGCCAGGAGAGAACAGAAAUUGAGGAGGAUGGGGUCUUGAAAGCUGUUCUGAUCAAUGGUGUGGAGGAUGAGAUGGCCUUGGCCUUGGAGCUCAGCCUCAGAGACUCAGCCAGUCAGUCAUCGCAGCACCAGCGGCCCCGUCUGCAGCAGCAGUCACACCAGGAGCAGCCCGGCUUCUACCCGCCGGCCCCACCUCAGCGGUCCUAUAGCUCGGCCCCCUUCUUUAGAUAUCCCGAGGAAAGUGAGGAGGAUGACGAAGAUCUGCAGAUGGCCCUGGCCUAUAGUUUGUCGGAGAUGGAAGCGCAGAGGAGGAAUGCAGCUGCAGAUAUGAUCUCAGGUGCUGGGGUCAAGACUAGGGAAUGUGGAGGCGGGGUCAAAGAUCAAGGGUUUGCAGACAAGAAUAGACUGGGGCAGACAGUUAGCGACAAGCCAAGAGCAACUGAAAACAGAGCAGUAGCCAGUGAGUCUACUAAUGGGGGGUUCUGGGAUGGUUCUGACUUGCCAAGUCCCAACAGCCCAGUGGAGAAGGAGAGCAAGUGUCCGUCUAUGGAUACAAUCCACAAGAUGGCAAAGAAGGUCUCUAAUUGUGUGGUGAGCUGAUGUGUGAGUCAGACUCCACUCAGCCAACAAGGUGCCACAUGUAACGUCUUUCCUUCAUAAUAUCAUUACUGUGCCCAAGUCUGUUCCUGCUGUUGAUAUAUUGGCUCUGUGUUGAAACUAAGAGAUUUUUAUAAAGAUGGAGGAGAGUCAGCAGCUCUAAGAUGGACUUUUUUAUAUAAUGUAGGCAAGACUACCUCACAGUCCUCCUACACUCUGAAAAGGAUUAUAGUUUCAGUAAAAUAUCUGUUUCUAUGGUAGGUUUUAACACACCAGCCUCAGAAGAUUAACAGUGGGGAAAUAAUGAAUUUGGGUGUAAUUUGUAGUUGUUCUUUUUUUAAAAUUGUUUUAAAAAAUAUAAAUAUUUUAGAGAUAUAUUAAGUAGACCAAUGGGACUUUGAAAUGUAUAUUUAGUGAAAUUUUGAAAUGUCUUCUUUAAUGUAGUGCUUAGAGAAUUCUAUCUUUAACUUCCAGUUGUGUUAAACCUUUUUUUACCACUCGUUGUUGUUGUUGUGAAGUAUUUUUGGUGGGAGAUGAGCAGGUGGCAGAGUAUCGCUGGGAAUUUACUGUGGUGAAACUCUGUGAUGGGAUUGCUUCAGCUUCAGCUCGCACAUUAAGUGUGGAUAUUGCCGUCUUCAUCUUAGCUCUUGUGCUAUAGUCUACCUAAUAGGAAACUUACAACACUAUAUAUAUAAAUGUUUUCUUUUAUAUUUCUCAGUGCAUUUGUUCUAAAACAGCAGCGGAUAGUUUAUGUGCUCCUUUUCUGCACGGUCAGAAUUCAUGCUUCACUGCCUGAAAAUUGAAUUUAGACACUCAACAAUGUGAAAGUGAGAAGAGCCAAUAUGGAAAAUGUCUGUCACUGUCAAACAUCAUGUGCUUCAUCUCAGAGUGAGGGAGUGGGUCUUGUGGCAGAGGGUCUUCCAGAUUAAUGUCUUAGGCACGUGUUGGUUCAUAUUCUAAGGGUUUAACAGCUGUUCAUAAAGCACUUAAAUUGUAUCAUAAAUACCCAGUAUUAUAAAUGUACCAGAUUAUAAGAUACGUGAUUUACUUUGGAAAUAACACCUGAUGACAAGCAGUAGACCAAUAAAUAAUUAAGUAAUAUAGAAAGACUAACCCUCUCUUUGAUUUAAUCAUGAGAUAAAUGGAAGGUGGUGUUAAGGUUGAUGAGAAGUGGUGUGCAGUUUUGGGUCCUGGGUAAUGACUGUGUGUGACACCCCACCCCCCAGUCAUGCAAUACUAACCAGAAUUAGGUAAAUGAGCAGUGCCAUGUCCUUUUCUGGUUAUUUGCUGAUCUAAUGUAUUUGCUUGUCCCCUAAUUCCCAUAAUAAACUAUCAGGCUUUUUUCUUAUGUUCUAA